AUGAUCCAGCAGUGGAGCCCAAUGAACAAUGUUCCCAGUCUGAAAGGAAAGAUUGCCGUUGUUACGGGUGGAAACAGCGAUAUAGGUCGCGAAAUAGCGAGGCUUCUCGCACAGAAGAGCGCAAAAGUCUACUUCACCGCCCGCUCUGAAGCAAAAGCUAUUGAGGCACGCAAGAAGAUUCUGGACGCUCACCCUGAUAUCGACUCCGGAAAUUUGCAGUGGAUGACGAUGGAUCUCACCGAUAUCCGGAGUGUAACGUCUGCUGCCGAGAAGCUGAAGGAGAAUGAGUCCAAGGUGGAUAUACUAGUCCAUAAUGCUGCCGCGGCAACAACCUCUACGGAACUUGUUGGGCCUGGUUGGGAGGUACACAUGGCUACCAAUUUCAUUGGCCCCUUCCUUUUCACCAAGCGCUUGCUUCCCCUGCUGAAAAACGCCCUCCAGGACAAAGACGCCGACGUCCGAGUGAUUACAAUGAGCUCAAGUGCCCAAACAGCAAUGGUCCCAAGCAGCUUCCAGUUCAACUUCACGUCUCCCGACUGUUUCCGUAACCCAAUCCCGUCACCCCCAUGGCAAUGGCGCUAUCUCGGCCGCUUCAUAUUCGGUUUCGAUACGACCCGCUACGGCGUAUCCAAAGCUGCUAAUCUCAUCUUCGCUCAAGAACUACAGAAGCGAAUGGACGAGCAGAAGCUGUCGAUUCUUUCCAUUGCGGUACAUCCCGGUGAGGUUGCCACCGAGGGGGUGUUCUCGAUCAAUCCGAGCUUGGUAAAGACAAUUGCGCGCUGGACGUUCAUUUCCCCAGAGCAGGGUGCUGUUACACCCGUCUUUGCAGCUGCCUCUCAGGAAGUCCGCCAGGAUUCCUCCAAAUACAAGGGCAAGUUUGUCUUUCCCGGUGGAAAGAUUGGAAACCCGAAUCCAGUCGCGUUGAAUGAGGAACAAGUCACGGGUUUAUGGCGCAACGCCACAGAGGAAGUGAAUGCACAGCUUCAUGCGCUUGGGCUGCCACGUCUUCAACCAUGGUCCUAA